AUGCCACAGGACCUCCCAGACUCCCUCAGCGCCGCCGACGCGGACGCCGACAGACAUUGUGGCCCACGCUGGCGGGACGAUGACGCGGACACCGCUGCAGCCGUCGAAUUCAACAGCGAAGAUGACGUGGCAGUUGCGGAUUUGCCGCCGCGACGAGACACGGCAUCCGCGGAACCCGCGCUGCCGCGUUGCGACAUCAUGCGGCUGCCGCCUGCGCUGCUCGCCCGCGUUAUGCGGCGACUCGACUUCCGCGAUCGCAUCGCGGCUAGCAUGACCUGCUCCACGUGGCGCCUUCUCGCAUCUGCUGCUCCCCCAAACGAUUCGUUCUUAGAACCUGAACCGGAGAUCAACUACGUUCCAGGAGGAAUUUCCGGCGGACCUUCCGGCGGUUUGAGCCGCAGAAACAGCAUAGCAGCUGGAGGCGGCUUGUUUAGAACCAGUAGCGUUGCCUCCGCCGCCGCCGCCGGAUCUGGCGGUGGGCUAGCUCGAACAAGCAGCGUCGCCGCAGUAGCAGCGCGAGGCGUUCCAGCCUUCGUUAGAAGCACGAGCUUCUCUAGUAGAUCUGAUUCGACUAGUAUCAGCGAUUCGUCAGGAAGCGCCGCCGCUGGCACGAACGCCGUUCCGCCCUUGCCCGAAUCUUGGACGGAUCUGCCUCCGGACGAGCAAGAAAUGGCGACGUCCGCAGCCGCCGCCACAGAUGACGGCGAUAUAUCCUGGUGGCGAUCCGUAGACGGGCAAUCGUGGACAAAUCAGCGAGUAGUUGUCGUCACGCUACCGGCCGGGGCAGCUUCCGCGAAGGCGAGUCCUGCGCCGCCGCUUCCGCCGGCUUUUGCGGCGGGGUUGGCGCCUCGGCUAGCGGCGAGCGAAGCGCGACUUAGCGGUCUUCACGCGAGCAGGAGCCUUGACGAUUUAGAUCCGCGUGCCGCCGCCGUAAAAUCAGCCGUUGCUUCCGCGUUUGCGCCUUCCGCCCAUUCCGCGCACGCUUCCGCAUCCCCUGCCUUCUCCGCCUUUCCCCAUUCCCGCUCGCCUUCCGCCUCCCCCGUUGCCUUCCGCCGCCAGCCUGGCGACGAUUUCCUGCGGAAGGCGGCGGAGCUUGCGGGUCCCGCGGCUCGCCACGUGGCCGCCUCCGCGUGCUCAUUCGUGGGCGUCGCGAGCAUCGCCGUAUCUUGCGGGGCCGCGCUUCGAUCCCUGCAACUAUCCCGCUUUAUCGGCGACGUUAACGCCGCGCUCCUUGCGAUCGCCGGCAAGGUGGGGCACGCGCAGGCGGAGGUGCUUAUAAGGGGGAUGAAGCAGCGGCUGUUGCGGCUAGAGGUGGCGAUGGGCGGAGGAUGGCGGGACGGGGGGAGUACUGUAGCCAUGUCCGCGCUCUUCUCCUCUGUUGCUGCCUGCUGUCCCAGCAUCGAGAGGCUGCUAGUGCGCACCACGCUCAAGGUGUCCGACGGGGCUCUCGCCUCUCUGCUCGCCUCCUGCCCACGAUUGACGCACCUGCACUUCGCGGGCGAGCGACUCACAUCCAAAGGCUACUCCGCCUGGUCGCGCCUGCUCUCCCUCUCCAUCCCCUCAGCUUACUUCUCUGAUGGAGCCAUUGACGCUCUCCGUGCUCUCGCACCCGCCUCCUCCCCACCCUCCUCUCCAUCCCCUCCAACCUCCUCCCCUUCCCUUCCACCCUCCUCUCCUUCCCGUCCUCCCUCCUCUCCUUCCCGUCCACCCUCCUCUCCAAUUCCUCCCCCUUCUCCCUCGCAACACCCCCCUCCGCCUCUCCCACCCCCUCCGCUCUGGUCCCUCCACUCUCUCACAAUGGACAACUGCCGCCGCGCCGAGUGCUGUGGGGCAAUCAUGCCCGGGAUUGACCUCUCUGGAUGUCUCCUUCUGCCCGGCUAUCACAUCGUGGGGCAUCUCAUCCCUCGUGCGAGCAUGCAUGCACCUCGAGUCCCUGACCUGCCAAGUCACAGGGGGAUCAACCUCCUCUUCCUCCACGCUCUCUGCCGGCUCUCCCCCUGUGCCUAUGGACAUUCAAGCCCUUGCCACUCUCGUUGCCUGCUGCCCUAA